UAUAAUUGUUGAGCCAUGAUCAUAAAAAUAGCAAUACUGUAUUAUCAGAUGUACAUAAUUUUUUUAAUAUUUCAUAAUAUGCUCCGAAAAGCAUAAAAUUUCUUCCUCCACCAUUAAAUUCCCAAUUGAAAUUAUGACACUGACUGCGUUCUAAUACCCUAAGAGUAAACCUACCUGCUAAGGUUUUCAAUUGUACCGAAAAUCAGUUUCACUACAGAAUCCCCCAUGUUGAAUCUCUCUGUAAAAUGAAGAGAGUAUCUUUAUGGAUCUAUCUCUUGAAAAGCAACUCUGACGAGGGUUUUUUUCCUUCUCACCUUUGUUUAUUUUUCCAGAACAGAAAAGCUUUUAAAACAAAAGCUGACAGGAGGCGACAAAGAGUUGGAACUUUGACUCAUGCACGUGCUGCUCUUCCUUUGGGCCUAAAGUACAACCAAACUAAAGGACCAUCCACCGGUCACAAUACCCACGCCAUCUUGUUUGACGCAGGAUCCAGCGGCACUCGCAUGGAAAUCUACAAGUUCCUUGCCAGUGGUCCUUCCCUCCAACCUUCUGACGUUGUCCAGAUCGAUGCCUCACCAAAUAAAGUGAAACCUGGAAUUCCUGACUUUUCUGAUGACCCGACUCAAGUUGAAGCUUACAUGAAUCCUCUACUUGAAUCUGCUAAGCAAACUAUUCCAGAGGACAAACAAAACUAUGGCAAUGCUAGAAUCAUCGCUGGUCAGGUCGAAGGCAUUUAUGGUUGGGUUACCAGAUGCUUGUACCACAAAUCAGUGGAGUAUCCAACAGCGAACGAGUUGUGCUACAGAAGGAUAUAUUUGAUGGCUAUUUCUAGAGUCCUACUUUGUAUAUUUCUUGUCGGAGGACUCUUUCCUCGGACGGGAACUGCGUCAGAUAUUGUUGUGCGAUUAAGUGGCGGUUAUAAUCGAUCUUCGUAUGGCCGUGUUGAAGUGCAAUUUAAUGGAACCUGGGGUACGUGGUGUAGUGCUCCGUGGAACCUCAAUAAUGCUCAUGUCACUUGCCGUCACCUGGGGUUUGAUGGAGCUGUUGCCCUGCGACCCGAGCCUCUCUGGAUUUAUGAUGGAGUCGAAUGGAGAAAUGAUUUACGGUGGAGAAAUGAUUUACGGUGUCUUGGGAACGAAACCUCCCUGACUGAUUGUCCGCAAACUGGAUUCACCUCAGUCAGAUUUUGCACUUUUGGCUACCGGGCCACCAAAGUCAUGUGUAAUUUACAAGUCCGCCUAGUAGGUGGGGCAUCUAACAAGCAAGGUCUGGUACAAGUUUAUUACAACAACAAUUGGCACUGGGUUUGUGGUGAGCAGUGGGACAAACACGAUUCUAAUGUGACUUGUCAGUGGCUGGGAUACUCAGGCUCCUCUGAAGCUUACACGGACACAGCACGUGACGGUGCUAAUGGUACCACGUGGAUGACCAAUGUAAAUUGCACUGGAGAUGAACGCUCUCUUUUUUCAUGCGUUCAUGAUGGAUGGUUAGGCGGGAGCUGUGCAAGCAAUCAAAUGGCGGGAGUGCGAUGCACCGGACCUGAGGUUCGCUUAGUAGGUGGUGAACACACAUUAUAUCAAGGUCAAGUAGAAGUUUUGUUUAAUGGCGUCUGGGCAGGAAUAUGUCAUAAUUACAAUUGGGAUUUUCCGGAAGCCAAUGUAGCUUGUCGUCAACUGGGGUAUCAUGGAGCUGUGCAACCCACCUACCAUGGACCGUCUGCAAUAGGAAUAGAUGAUGUAAGAUUAACCAAUGUUCAUUGCCUUGGAAACGAGACCUCAAUACUAAACUGCACACACGACUGGUUAGGCGUGGGCAGCAAUUGCUGGAGUGGAGAAGUUGGUGUGAGGUGUUCUCCAUCAGUUCGUUUAGUUCGAGGACUGUCAGCCAGAGAAGGCCUUGUUCAAGUUUAUCGUAAUAACACUUGGGGCUGGAUCUGCGCUAAGAACUGGAAACCUGAGAAAGAAGCGAAUGUGGUUUGUAAAGAGUUGGGUUACACAGGCGCAUCCUCAGUAAAUACUUUUUCUCCAAAUGAGCAGGGAAAUGGUUCGUUGUGGAUGAACAAUUUUCAGUGUGCUGGAAACGAGAGCUCGCUUUCCAUGUGUGUUCACGAUGGAUAUACCAAUAACAGCUGUUCCACUGGCGGAAACGUUGGCGUUGUUUGCACCGGUCCAGAAGCAAGAAUCAGUGCAAAUGACUCGCAUAGCUUACACCCCCGCGUGGAAAUUCUGUUUGGAGGAUUCUGGGGACCAAUUUGUGGUGAUCAUUGGGAUCAGCAGGAUGCAAAUGUAGUUUGUCGUCAGCUAGGUCACGAUGAAGCGUUAGCAGCUCCUGUUUUCCAUGGUAUUUCGGGGAUCGCAGAGGUAUGUCUGAGAUAUUUGCAAUGUACCGGAAACGAGACUUCAGUUUUGAGCUGCUCGCACCAAGGAUGGAAAUUGGUCUUCAAUGUCAUAGAUGGUGAAACAGAACCUCCUACAGUUGGCAAUGUCAUUUGUACCCCUACUGUGCGAAUAGUUGGAACAACAGCAACGCCAGGUGAAGGUUUAGUACAGGUUUAUCACAAUAACAUGUGGAAGUUGGUCUGCGAUGAGCAAUGGGAUACAACAGACGCUGAUGUAGCUUGUCGGCAGUUAGGUUACCAAAGCUCAUCUACAGCUCUGAGCUUUCCAAUUUCUAACCAGAGAAAGGAGCAUUGGACAGCGUGGUUAAAUAAUGUGCAAUGUGUUGGUGAUGAAAGCUCCCUUUUGUCAUGUAAGCAUGGUAGUUUGCUCCAGAAAAGCACUUGUACAACCAAACAAAUGGCUGGUAUGAAAUGUAGCGGGAUUCAAGUUAGGUUGGUUGAUAUGUGUGAGGACUCUUUACGUUCAGGAGGUGUCGUGGAAGUUUUGUUCGGGGGAGUUUGGGGUACAGUGUGUCGUGACUCGUGGGAUCUCAACGACGCCAAUGUAGUAUGUCAACAACUGGGCUAUGAGGGGGCACAGAGUACUUUUGAUCCCUAUGCAUGUGAAGGGGAUCCACCUGUCACCUGGAUGAGUAAUGUACAGUGCAAAGGCAACGAGACCUCACUGUCACAGUGUAAACACAUGGGUUGGAAUGCCACUAGAUCUUGCCCGCCCUAUUCUUCUGCAAGUGUAAUUUGCAUCCCUCUAGGUGCCUUAGGACCACCGGAAUUUGUCUCAAGCGACUUCGUAAACAUUGACAUAUCAUGGAAUUCUUCAAGGUCCUCAAAGUUUAUUGUGCAGAUGUGGAACAAGGACACCAUGACAUGGGCCUCUGCGUACUGUAAGGAAAGUUUAAUCGCUGAUUCCUGCGUGAGGGAAAGCCUGAAAGCCACUGUGGUGAACUUGAAACCAUCCACAACAUACUACUUCAGAAUUUUUGUCAGCAGAUUGUCUAUUAGUACCCCAUCAGGACCAAUGAAAACAAAGAAUCUUGAUCCACCCCAGAAGCCUACCUUCAUGGGAAGUACAACAAAUAGCAUCACUAUUAAAUGGAAGUCGACUUCUUUGCUUAAUGUGACGUACGCAAUUCAGAUUAAACGUCAUGAUGAUUACUCGUGGGCUUGGGCCAAAUGUGACACAGAAAGCCUGGUACCAAACAUCUGUACAGUACGUGGUACUAUGGCACGGGUGACUGAUCUGCAACAUAAUGCUGAGUAUUACUUCAGGGUGUGCACCAUCUCUGAAGAUGUCAAGAGUGAAUUUAGCCGACCAUCAAAGGCAUUAAGAACAACAGGUGAUGUUAGAUACACUGAUUCUAUCAGUUGUUGUGUCUUAAGCUUCGUGUUUUUACAUUCUAGCUAUUCAUAGCUAUCGAUAUUUUUCG